CCCUUGGCGUGGGGAGGCCGCGCACGGGUCUCUACCAGGUCACCGGCGGGGAACUGUCCCGGCGCGCUUCCUCCUUCCUCCUCCUCCCGGCGGCUUGCCGGGCCCCUCCUCCCUGAUCGCGCGCUCCCUCCCUCCUCUUCCCCUCCCCAGGCCGCCGCCGCCUCCUCCUCCUCCUCCCUUUCUCUCUCGAUCUGUCUCUCCCGGCCCGGAAUCCAUUCCGGCCUGGGAGCCGGAGCGGCCAGGCCGCCGUGUGCCCGAAGCCCUGGCAAUCCGGCGGUCGGUCCUCCGGUGCGUCUGUCUGCCGGUGCGUCCGCCUGCCCGCCGGCCCAGAGCACAGAGGCUCAGAGAAGUGAAGUGACUUCCCAGCUAUGAGAGAGAGCGCCAGGAUCUGAUACCAGAUGAGGAUGCUGAGGCCCAGAGAGGGGAAGUGACUUGCCUAGGGUCACACAGCGGGGAGAGGUAGAUCAGGGCCUCUAGUCCGAGACCGCCGACUCUACAUCUGGUGUUCGUGCUGAGACCUCAGGCUGCUUCCCAGGUCCUCUGGGAUAGCCCCUGCCUUGCACCAGCAGGACCAUGGGCAGCAACAAGAGCAAGCCCAAGGAUGCCAGCCAGCGGCGCCGCAGCCUGGAACCUGCUGAUAACACCCAUGGCGGCGGCGGCGGCGGCGGCGGCGGCGGCGGCGGGGGUGCCUUCCCCACCUCACAGACCCCCAGCAAGCCGGCCUCCGCUGAUGGCCACCGGGGCCCCAGCACGGCCUUUGCCCCUGCAGCCGCCGAGCCCAAGCUGUUCGGAGGUUUCAACUCCUCCGACACAGUCACCUCCCCGCAGAGGGCGGGGCCCCUGGCUGGCGGAGUGACCACCUUUGUGGCCCUCUAUGACUAUGAGUCGCGGACAGAGACUGACCUGUCUUUCAAGAAAGGGGAGCGGCUCCAGAUUGUCAACAACACGAGGAAGGUGGAUGUCAGCCAGACCUGGUUCACAUUCAGAUGGCUGCAAAGAGAGGGAGACUGGUGGCUGGCCCACUCACUCAGCACAGGACAGACGGGCUACAUCCCCAGCAAUUACGUGGCGCCCUCCGACUCCAUCCAGGCCGAGGAGUGGUACUUUGGCAAGAUCACCAGACGGGAGUCAGAGCGGUUACUGCUCAAUGUGGAGAACCCAAGAGGGACUUUCCUAGUGCGAGAAAGCGAGACCACAAAAGGCGCUUACUGCCUCUCAGUGUCUGACUUCGACAACGCCAAGGGCCUCAACGUGAAGCACUACAAGAUCCGCAAGCUGGACAGCGGCGGCUUCUACAUCACCUCCCGCACCCAGUUCAACAGCCUGCAGCAGCUCGUGGCCUACUACUCCAAACACGCUGAUGGCCUGUGCCACCGCCUCACCACUGUGUGCCCCACGUCCAAGCCACAGACUCAGGGCCUGGCCAAGGAUGCCUGGGAGAUUCCCCGGGAGUCGCUGCGGCUGGAGGUCAAGCUGGGCCAGGGCUGCUUCGGAGAGGUGUGGAUGGGGACCUGGAAUGGCACCACCAGGGUGGCCAUCAAAACUCUGAAGCCUGGCACGAUGUCUCCGGAGGCCUUCCUUCAGGAGGCCCAGGUCAUGAAGAAACUGAGGCAUGAGAAGCUGGUGCAGCUGUACGCAGUGGUGUCUGAGGAGCCCAUCUACAUCGUCACGGAGUACAUGAGCAAGGGGAGUUUGCUGGACUUUCUCAAGGGGGAGACGGGCAAGUACCUGCGGCUGCCUCAGCUGGUGGACAUGGCUGCUCAGAUCGCUUCAGGCAUGGCAUACGUGGAGCGGAUGAACUAUGUCCACCGAGACCUCCGCGCUGCCAACAUCCUGGUUGGAGAGAGCCUCGUGUGCAAAGUGGCUGACUUUGGGCUGGCUCGGCUCAUCGAAGACAAUGAGUACACAGCCCGGCAAGGUGCCAAAUUCCCCAUCAAGUGGACGGCUCCAGAAGCUGCCCUCUAUGGCCGGUUCACCAUCAAGUCAGAUGUGUGGUCCUUUGGGAUCCUGCUGACAGAGCUCACGACAAAGGGACGGGUGCCCUACCCCGGGAUGGUGAACCGCGAGGUGCUGGACCAGGUGGAGAGGGGCUACCGGAUGCCCUGCCCUCCCGAGUGUCCCGAGUCUCUGCAUGACCUCAUGUGCCAGUGCUGGCGGAAGGACCCAGAGGAACGGCCCACCUUCGAGUACCUGCAGGCCUUCCUGGAGGACUACUUCACAUCCACCGAGCCCCAGUACCAGCCCGGAGAGAACCUAUAGGGCGUGGGCUACAGGGCCAGACUGCCUUCUUGGCUUGGAUCCUGAGCUGGGUGGCCCCUGACGUGGGGUCUUGCCUGCCUCUGCCUGCCCGCCCCCCCCCAUUGAUCCUCUCUGUGGGGCUGAAUUGCCAGUGAUGAGGCCCCUCCCUCUUUUGUGGCAUGGAAGGGCUUGGGGCCUGGGGCCGCCCUGGGGGCGGGGUCCAAGGCUGGCGCAGUGACUGUGCCCCGGCCCCUGGCCAGCCGCACGCCUCCUCCCUGCAUUCCCUCCUGGAGCUCUGCGCGUCUCAGCAGGAGGAACUGGGAAGAAGGGCUGGGCUGAGGGCACCCUUUUCUUAGCCUCAACCUGCUGCACGCACUGGCCCUUUCCCACUUCCACGCCACCCCAGGUCUGUCUGCGGAGCUAGCCAAAGAGCCUUUCCAAAGAGGAGUGAUGGGCCACUGGCCCUCGGCCUGCCUGCCACCCUGCCCCUUGCCAUCCAUUUCUGAAACGCCUGUUGGUGGAGGCUGCUGGGUCCAGCCCCCUCUGCUGUGGCUCCCAGGCUGGUGAGGCCUAGCUUGACUUGAUGCUGGUGGGUGGGGUGGACACCCCCCUCAAACCCUGCCCUUCUUACACCUGAGGGAUCCUUAGAGAUCUUCAGUUUCUUGUCCCCAUACUACCCAUGGGGAAACUGAGUCCGGAGAGGGGAUGUGACUUGCCCAAGGCCACAGAGCAGUUCAGGGUUGAGACGGGAUUGGAACGUGGUGCUCCCUCUGUCUUCCUCAGGAACCAACAAGAUUGUCCUCGGAGGCAUUGUGGACAGACCGGGGCAGCCCAGGGGACAAGGGGCCUAAGGAUGGGUUAGAGAUAGCAGAGAGAGUCCUGCUGCCACUGCUUGCUCAGUGGGCUAUUGUGGGGGAGAGAGUGGAGGUAGAUGUGGGGCUGAGCUAGAAAUGAAAGAUACAAGGGUAGGGAGGCAGGUUUCAAUCAGAAGGUGGGUGGUUUUUGACCUUUGGAGCUAGCCAAUCAUGAAAGGGAGUGAGCUCACAGGCUCUGGAGGCAAUCAAGCAGAAAUAGAAGAUCCAAGUGAUUGGGAGGCCCUGGCCUCAGGAAGGAACCCCAGGUCCUCCUUCCCCCAGUUUUUCCUGUGUCAUUUCAAUGCCCGGCCCCUCCUCUUCUCCCCAAGUUGGCACCCUUAACUCACAAGUACGGAAAGGAGUGCCUAGGCUGGGGUGAGGUGAGAGGACUGGGGUGUCUAUUGCCACACACCAGGACUGUCUGUGUGCCCUCGGGCAGCCCCUGCUUCCUUCUCUGGGCUGCAGUGUCUGCCUCCAUAUGUGGCCAUGGCCUCUGCAACUGCUCCACUCCUGUCCAGACCCUGUGGCCUGGCAUCACGUGGUGAGCUCAGCCCAUGGCAUCAGGAGACCGUGUUUUGGCCCUUGGGCUAUGUGGUGGCUUCUCCCUGGACCUCAGUGUGUCCUUCUUAAAUGGGGCAGCCAACAGUUUGUAGGCAUCUUGCCAAGGGCCCCUGUGUGCGUGUAUGUGUGUGUGUAUGUGUGUGUGUGCACGUGUAUGUUCCUCCAUGUGUGUCCAUAUUUAACAUGUAAAAACACCCCCUGCUCUGUCCCCCAGACCUGUUGUACAUCUCACCCACAGCCCCCCAUCAUAGCAAUAACGUUCCCGCUGCCAGGGGUUCUCGAGCCAGCCAGGCCCUGCCAGUGGGGAGGGAGGCCAAGUGGUGCCUGCCUAUGAAAUUUCAAUUUUUCCUUUCAUACAUGUUUAUUACCCAAGUCUCCUGUCCUGUCUCCGUCCCAGUCGAAUCUGGACUCACUUACCCCAGCGCGCUCCCAAAUCCCCUUCUGACUGCCCGGUGUCCUUUGUAUAAGGUGUCCUAAUACUGUCUUUUUUUUUUU